AUGAAUAUCUCCGGCACUCUGAACGUCUUUAGGCUGAUCAGGGAUCCUGCUCUGUGCCUCCCACAGCACACCGUGUCCACCUUCAAUCACCUUCCCAUUCCUCUAUCAAAAGCUUUUCCCAAAAAGGAUGGCCAGAAGGAUGCUGAUAUUCGGGCGAUAGUUCUGGAUAAGGAUAAUUGCUUUGCUGUGCCCCAUACAAAUGAAGUUCAUCCUCCAUACAAGGAGCGUUUUCAAGAACUUCGAAGAGCCUACCCCGGCUCAAAACUCCUCAUAGUAUCCAACACCGCCGGUACAGAUUCCGACAAGAACCUCAAGGAAGCCGCCAUUCUCGAAGAGAACACCGGCGUGAAAGUCCUGCAGCAUUCUACCAAGAAACCAGGUUGCAAAGCCGAAGUCUUUGAAUGGUUCAAGAAGAACUCUGACUCGGGAGUCACGUCGCCCUCACAAAUCGCAGUCGUAGGAGAUCGAUUGUUCACAGAUGUGAUGAUGGCAAAUCUGAUGGGCGGGUAUGGAUUCUGGAUUAAAGACGGUGUGAUUGAGCGGAAGAGCUUCUUUGCUCGAAUGGAAGAUCGAUUAUCAGAUUUCUUGUACAGGAGAGGCUAUUCUGCUCCCGAUCCGCGCAGCAACUUCGAAUGA